AAAUUUAUCCUUAGCAACCUACCUAGCUGGCAGCCGACCUCGAAAUUCGGGUUCAACCGCGCCCCAACGUAUCGACUCCGAGCCAUUGAUCGCUCGCAACCGUCAAGAUGGCCGCCUUCGUCAAAGCGAUCAAUGCAAAGAUCAGGUCCCACCCUACGGUCAGCUAUAUCUGCUCAACACAUUUCUGGGGCCCCGUCUCCAACUUCGGCAUUCCGGUCGCAGCGGUGAUGGACACACAGAAGAGCCCUGACCUGAUCUCCGGCAAGAUGACCUUCGCCCUCUGCAUCUACAGCGCGACAUUCAUGCGCUACUCCCUCGCCGUCACCCCCAAGAACUACCUCCUCUUCCUGUGCCACUUCGUCAACGAGGGCGCCCAGCUGACGCAAGGCUACCGCUACCUGAACUACCACAACUGGGGAGGGAAGGAGAAGCUCGGCGUGCAGGGCACGUUGGAGGCCGCGAAGGAGAGCGCCCAGGCUGCUGAGCAGAAGGUCAAGGAUGUCGUGAGCAAAUGAGGCACCAUGGUGCUUGAUAUGGGCAUGCUUCUCGGGGAGCCGGGGGCGCUGCUCAUCUCAUGGGCUGUCAUGGCGGCGGGUAAUGUUGGAGAGCAUGGCAUGGCUGGGUUACUCCGUUCCAUCGCCCGUGACUUAUUAAGUCCGGUAUGGAACACUCCCUGUCCAUUCAACCAGUUACGUAGGUCCCUAUUUGUACCUAUUCAGCGUCAGACACUUAGGGGCAAGGAUAGAGAACUCUUAAUUCGGCAAAGGUGGUCAGCUCAAAAAAAUUGGCAACCUGGAAAUAGGUUCCUUGUGAUUGCAAGCGAAUGGAAAUGCCCAGCGCUACAAAUGCCGU